AUGAUAUCUUCAAUUUAUAAUUAUUUAUUUAAUAAUAAUAAUAAUAAUCAAAAUAAUCAACAUUCAUCGAUUAGAAAUUAUUCAACCAAUAAUCCAACCAUUUCAAAUGAUUUAGCAAAUACUUUCCAUCCAAGAUUAAAAACCAUUUUUGAACAAUUAGAUUCAAUUGCUCCAAGAUUUCUAUUAAAACUGGGUGAAAUAGAUAUCUUAACUGAACCUAAUGAAUUCUAUAAUACUCUUAAACAAAAGAUAUCUACUGCAAAGAAUAGAGUUUAUUUAUCUUCCUUGUACAUUGGGAAAUCUCAACAUGAAUUAAUUCAAUGUAUUGAUGACGCUUUAACUACAAAUGAAGAUUUAAAAGUUUAUAUAUUAACUGAUGCUUUAAGAGGUACAAGAGAAGCACCUCACCAACCAUGUUCAGCUAAUCUUUUAGUUCCAUUGGUUGAAAAGUUUGGUAAACAUAGAAUAGAUGUUAGAAUGUAUCAUACACCUCAUUUAUCGGGAUUAACUAAAUCAGUUACUCCAAAACGUAUUAAUGAAGGUUGGGGUUUACAACAUAUGAAAUUAUAUGGAUUUGAUGAUGAAAUUAUAUUAUCAGGAGCUAAUUUAUCACAAGAUUAUUUUACUGAUAGACAAGAUAGAUAUUAUCUUUUCAAAAACAAAUCAAUAACUGAUUAUUAUUAUAGAAUUCAUAUGGCAAUUUCUUCAUUAUCAUAUCAAAUUGUUAAUACAAAACAAUUAAAACAAGGAUUUAGAAUGUCUUGGCCAACUUCAAAUAAAUCUUGUGAACCUCAUAUGAAUCGAGAACGUUUCAUUAGUGAUUCUUCCUAUCUUUUAGAACCAAUCUUAAAACAACAUAGUCUUGGGGCAUUUAAAGAAUUCCUGGAUCAUGAAGAUUAUGAUACAAUUGUAUAUCCAGUAUCUCAAUUCACCCCGUUAUUUCCUCAUUUACAAGAUUGUUCUACUGAAAAACCAGCAAUUUUAAGAAUAUUAGCUUAUUUGGAUUCACCCAAGAUUAAAUGGUGGUUUACUGCAGGAUAUUUCAAUAUGUUACCAGAAAUUCAAGAACGUUUACUUAAUGGUAAAGCUCAAGGUUCGGUCAUUACUGCUUCUCCAAAGGCUAAUUCAUUUUAUAAAUCUCCUGGUGUAUCAUAUUAUCUUCCAGAAGCUUAUUUAUUAUUUGCAAAACGAUUCUUGGAAAAAGUUAAAGAUUUGGGUAAAUCAUCUUUAAUUACAGUUUAUGAAUGGCAAAAUGGAAUAGUUAAUACUCCAGGAGGUUGGUCAUAUCAUGCUAAAGGAUUAUGGGUUACUGUUCCAGAAGAAAAUGAACCAAGUAUUACCGUCAUCGGAUCUUCAAAUUAUACCAAAAGAGCUUAUUCUUUAGAUUUGGAAAGUAAUGCAAUUAUCAUUACUAAAGAUGCAAAUUUAAAACUGAAAAUGAAACAUGAAAUUGAUCAUUUGAUGGAACAUGCUUCAGAAUUAUCUUUGAAAGAUUUCCAACCAAAACCUAUCUCUAUCCCAGUGGAUAGUGAUGUUAUCGUGAAGGAAAAAGUUGCCGGUAACCAAUCACAAGAAGGAGACGAACUUGCUCCUCAAAACAGUUCUGAAAAACCUCCAAAGUAUUUGAUUGACGAAGAUAGAAAGAUCAGUUAUGGGGUACAUUUAGCUGUCAAGUUACUUGGUGGGAAAUUAUAA